AUUUUUCUAUAUUUUCUGGAAAAUAUACCACUAUUGCAAUUCAAUUUCUUGUCUGUGCUCAUUAAAUUUACGUGAAAAAAACAACAAAAUACACAAAAAUUGUGUUAUAUAUUAGAAGUUUAAAUAAUAGAAUCUUAAUAAAUAUGAAGCCCUUGAAAAUCCUGUUCGUUUGCAUUGGCAACACCUGUCGUUCGCCAAUGGCGGAAAGUGUAAUGAAGCAUUGGGUGAAGGAGUAUGAUCUCAACUGGGAGGUGGACAGCGCUGGAUUGCGAUUGUGGAAUGUCGGACGUAAACCAGAUGAACGUUGCAUUAAAGUAUUGGAAGAGAAUGGCUUAGUGACAGAUCAUAUUGGCCGACAGAUAUCGCCAAUCGAUUUCUACAAAUAUGACUACAUUUUGGCCAUGGAUGAGCACAAUAUGAGUGAGCUACAAGAACUCGCUGGUGAUCCCAGUCAUCAAAGAUGUGCAAAAAUUGAAUUGCUGGGAAAAUACAUUGAGCGUAAGGAAGACCAAAUUAUACGCGAUCCGUAUUUCAGCAUUUCAAUAGGCGGAUUUCGCUGUGCAUUCCUGCAAAUUACUGAAAGUUGUCAAAAUUUCAUUGCAGAACAUAUGUACGCCGACUAAAAGGUUUCUUGUAAAUAAUAAAAAUUGUAAAAAUGUUACUUGAUUUAUGUACAAAAUUAAUUACUUAAAAUUUUCGUGUAUAAAAAUUGUUAAU